GGUCAUUUAAGGUCAUUUGGAUCACUUAUGGAGCACUGCCUGGAUGUACAGUUUUGUGCUGGGUUCCAAGGAGAGAACAGACAGAGUCAUUUGGCUCCCGGUCGAUGUCUUGGGGGGUAGACGAGAAGCCACAGAAGGCUUCUAGACCGAGAAGAGGUAGACAUCUGGGAUUCCUUACCCAGGAGCAGCUUGCACCAGGACCUGACUCAAGAACUGGAAGAUAAAGGUUCCUUUUCCCCCAGAAGACAUGCAGCUGAGUUUUAUCUCCCCCACAUUCUCGUUCCCCCAGAGGCCCAGUCGAGUGUGGGCCUUUAUCUGUGCUCUGCUUCCUCCCUGGAAACACCGGGUCUUUGGAGCAGGGGAACUUGGCAGGCUCUCCCCAUGGCAGUCACAGCCGCCCUCCUCCUCCUGUGCUUGUGUGGGCACCCCCAGGCUGCUGCAGACAGCAUCCAGGCCGUCUAUGUGGUCUCGGGGGAGUCAGUGGAGCUGCCGUGCCCUUCACCACCCUCCCUACUUGGGGGCCAGCUCCUAACCUGGUUCCGCAGCCCUGCAGAAGGCUCCUCCACCAUCUUGGUAACCCAGAUCCAAGUAGACAGGCCAGUCUCAGACCUGGGGAAACCUGAAAGUGAUUCAAGGUUCAAACCUCUUGGGAACUAUUCCUUAUUGCUGGAGGGGUCCAGGGAUGAAGAUGCUGGGCGGUACUGGUGCACUGUGAUGGAUCAGAACCACAAGUACCAGAACUGGAGGGUGUACGAUGUCUCCGUGCUCAAAGGAUCCCAGUUCUCCGUGAAGUCUCCAGAUGGCCCCUCCUGCUCUGCCCUCCUGUGCUCUGUGGUCCCCGCCAGGCGUCUGGACUCUGUGACCUGGCUAGAGGGGAGGAAUCCCGUGAGAGGACACGCUCAGUACUUUUGGGGAGACGGGGCUGCCCUGCUAUUGGUGUGUCCUGGAGAGGGGCUUCCUGAGACCAGGGGCCGCAGGCCGAGGAACAUCCGUUGCCUUAUGCCUCAGAACAAAAGAUUCAGCUUUAGUCUGGCAGCUUCCACAGAACCUUCUCCCAUGGUUUGUGCCUCUGUCCCGAGCUGGGAUGUGCCCCGGGUACUGAUGCUGUUGUUCAUAGCGGGCCAAGGAGUCACCAUCGUCGUCCUCAGCAUCGUGCUCUGGAGGCGGAGGGCCCAGAGGUCUCCGGACAGAGAACCCUCGAUUCCUCACUUCAAACCUGAAGUCCAGGUCUAUGAGAACAUCCACUUGGCCCGCCUUGGCCCACCCACCCACAAGACCAGGUGAUCUUGGUGACGUCUGCCUCAGAAAGCUCGGCCUGCUGUCCUGUGUGUCUCUGGCAUCUGGCACCUGAAGGACUCCCUGAAAACCUUGGAGAGGGGUGGGGCUGAGGGCGGGACUCUACUUCCUCUUGGCUUCCAACAGCCACCAAGCUGGAGGGGCCCGGCACAGCAUAAGGAAGGGAGUAACAUCAGCCUGUGACGUCACCUACAAAAGGUGUGGUCUCCUGUCUUGAAGCAGAGGAGUGACCCGGAGUGGGAUGUCCUGUGGGUUUUGCAGUCUGGUGCGGGCAAGAGGGACAGGGAAGCCCAGAGACCUGAGAAGUGGUGGAGAAGCUGUGAAGAUAAGUGGGGGGAGGGGUGGGGAACAAGGAAGAGAGAAGCUGAGAGACUCAGAUGCAGAGUGGGGGAAAACAGGAACCCCAAAUGGGAGAUUUGGGGGACAGAGAAAACAGAAGAUUCAACAAGCCUCCAACGUAAACCAGACCUCCCCUCCCGGUGUUCUCACAAAGAGAUAUUGAGAGGGAACAAGACCUUUAAUCAGGCCCCAGACUUCCUCAGAUGGAACAGGAGGAACUCAAGACCAAAGGGGGAUGCCAGUCCUCAGCCCUAGCAGGACGCUGUCCUUAUCCCAGGAGCACACCCGCUCCUCUGUGGGUCUCUGUCCGGCAUGAGCAGCUUAUCACUUCUGACUCCCUGGGAGUCCUGCCCCUUGCACCCGGGGUUUCCGGGGUUUCCACCGUGCUAUCUCUGGGCAGAGGAAGCAUAUUCAAGGGCUGGCAGACAGAUCCCUAGUGGAGCGAGUACUUCCAGGCUUUCUGAACAGAGGACAGCUCUGGCCGGGUGAAGUGCUCCAAAGCAGUCAGUCCCCAGCCUCCAGGAGCGAGGCCACACCCUCUCAAGCAGCUCUGCCAGGUGCCUUUUUUGACUCUUGUCCCGGGCUUGGCUCUCAAUGGAGAGAGCAGCUGCCUUGGGAUCCUCACUUGCAGGCUUCACGCUGCAGCAGGCUCAGACGUUGGCAGGAAAGAGGAUGACAGCCACACAGACAGGAACUGGGUGUGGGGCACCAUUCGGGUUCCAGUGUGCCAGUCCAACCCACGAGGCAGCUAUAGUUCGUUCCUGUGUGUGCGAGUGUUGUGUAUGUGUGGGUGCACAUGUGUGCACGCCCAUGCAUGCAUGGAAGACACCAAAUGUCCCGUUCCUUCCUCUCUGUCUCGCUCCUUUCAGGCAGGGUCUCUCACUGAACUUGGAGCUCGGCUGAUGGUCAGCAAGUCCCACAGAUCCUCCCGUCUCUGCCCCUCAUUGGCAUUGGGGUUACAAGCACUGCUGUGUAGCUACACCCGGCUUUUGAUUUUAUUUAUUUAUUUUCUUAUUUUAUGUGUACUGGUGUUUUGCCUGCAUGCAUGUCUGUGCACCGCAUUGUGUGCAGUACCUGAAAGGAGUGUGGGAUUUCCUGGGACUAGAAUUACAGGUGGUUGUGAACCACCAUGCUGGUAGCUGGGAAUUGAACCCAGAUCCUCUGCAAGAACAGCCAGUGCUCUUAACCGCUGAGCCAUCUCUCCAGCCCAAAGACCAGCUUUUUUAAGCGGGUGCUGGCAUCCAAAACCAGGUUCUUAUGCCUGUACAUGUGCUGGUACCCAGGGAGACAUCUACUCUGCCCUGUAGAGUUUAUU